AUGCCCCAUGAAAUUACGACCUCCGCUGGCGAAUCGGACAAGGGAAGCUCAUUUGCCACGGCCUAUGCUGUAGGUCUGGCUGCUCUAAUCCUCCAGUGCUUGAAGGCUCACCAUGAGCUCGAGAACUACUACAAUGACAUGGACGAAAAUGAGCCUAAUUUAGCGUUGAAAUACAAGGACAAACAUGUCGUCACACGACUUAAAGAAGCCACUCCUAUAGACGGUAUGAGGAAAAUCCUCAAGGCACUCAGUACCAUGCACGCAAACGACCCGAUUCCCGACAAAAGGCUUUUUGUUCGGCCCUAUAAAGUACUCAUAAACGACUUUGGCACUGACGACUCCACCAAGAUGUCGUCUUUACGAAACAUUGGACCAAAAGUUCUGCCGUAG